UUUGCUUCUUACAAAUCCCUUGUCUUGCCUUCCCUCCUUUCUCGCACCCACAGAUUUCUCUCUCUCUCCCUCCCUCUCCAUCUACAAUGGAUUAACAACUAUCCAUUUUUUCCCUUUUCUUUCUUUCUUUCCUUUCCCACAAAUUCAAUUACAAUUACAUUUCUACGUAUUUAUCUCCCUGUUUAUUAUCUCUUUUGCCUCUUUUAUUGUUAGAGGCAGUCGGGGGUUUUAGGAUGGCGCUGAGUAUGAGGGCCCUGCAGUUAACUGCGCCUGCCCGAAAAGCUUCCGGUCAUUCCUCCGAGGAGGAGAGAUUGCUCACCGCCAAUCACCAACAUAAUUCUGGCAACUUGCGCAGAAUUCAGGUGGGCGUCACCGGGAUGACAUGUGCGGCCUGCUCGAAUUCCGUCGAAUCGGCCCUCAGGGCUCUAAACGGCGUCGUCAAAGCCUCCGUCGCUUUGCUUCAGAAUAAGGCUGACGUCACCUUUGAUCCCACCUUAGUUAAGGAUGAAGACAUUAGAAAUGCAAUAGAAGAUAUUGGAUUCGAGGCAGAACUUCUAUCCGAACCAAGUACUUUUCAUUCUAAGCCAACUGGGACCUUAAUAGGUCAGUUCACAAUAGGAGGAAUGACAUGUGCCGCAUGUGUAAAUUCUGUAGAAGGGAUUCUAAGAAAGCUACCAGGCGUGCGAAAAGCUGUAGUUGGCUUGGCUACAUCUUUGGGGGAGGUUGAAUACGACCCAACUGUUAUCAGUAAAGAUGGUAUAAUCAAUGCAAUAGAAGAUGCUGGUUUUGAAGCUUCAUUUGUGCAGAGUAACGAGCAGGAUAAGCUUGUGCUAGGGGUUACUGGCAUUGCAAGUGAAAUGGAUAUACAGAUGUUAGAAGGAAGUCUUUGCAUCUUGAAGGGUGUGAGGCAAUUUUAUUUCGAUCGGGCGUCUAAAGAAUUAGAAAUUCAUUUUGAUCCGGAGCUUCUUAGUUCAAGAGCAUUAGUUGAGGAGAUUGAAAGUAGUAGCUACGGGAAACUGAAGUUACUUGUGAAGAACCCUUAUACUAGAAUGGCUUCCAAAGAUCUAGAAGAGUCUUCGAACAUGUUUCGGCUAUUUGCAGCAAGCUUGUUUCUCAGUGUUUCAGUCCUUUUUAUGCAAGUCAUAUGUCCUCUUAUACCUCUGUUACAUUCUUUACUACUUUGGCGUUGCGGUCCACUCCAAAUGGGUGAUUGGCUGAAUUGGGCUUUGGCCACUGUGGUUCAAUUUGUUAUUGGCAAGCGUUUCUAUGUUGCAGCUGGCAGGGCACUCAAAAAUGGUUCGACUAACAUGGAUGUCCUGGUUGUAUUAGGAACUUCAGCUUCAUAUUUCUACUCAGUGUCGGCAUUAUUAUAUGGUGCGAUAACUGGGUUUUGGUCUCCAACAUACUUUGAAGCAAGUGCUAUGCUAAUUACAUUUGUACUUUUGGGUAAGUACUUGGAAAGCCUUGCAAAGGGGAAGACAUCAGAUGCUAUCAAAAAGCUCGUGGAGCUUGCUCCUGCUACCGCGAUAUUGCUUAUAAAAGACAAUGGUGGAAAAGUUGUAGGAGAAAGAGAAAUUGAUGCUUUGUUGAUUCAGCCUGGUGACAUAUUGAAGGUACUACCAGGCACAAAAGUUCCUACCGAUGGUUUAGUUGUAUGGGGUUCAAGUUAUGUAAAUGAGAGUAUGGUUACUGGUGAAUCUUCUCCUGUGCUGAAAGAAGUCAAUUCUUCAGUUGUCGGAGGUACAAUAAAUUUGCAUGGUUCGCUUCACAUACAAGCCAACAAAGUAGGCUCUAACACAGUUUUAAGCCAGAUUAUAUCUCUGGUUGAGACGGCACAGAUGUCUAAAGCCCCCAUCCAAAAGUUUGCCGACUUUGUUGCAAGCAUUUUUGUCCCUGCAGUUGUAACAGUUGGAUUGUUGACAUUAAUGGGAUGGUAUCUUGCUGGGAUUCUCGGAGGUUACCCUGAGGAGUGGCUCCCAGAAAAUGGCAAUUAUUUUGUUUUUUCCCUUAUGUUUGCAAUAUCAGUUGUUGUGGUUGCAUGUCCAUGUGCACUGGGAUUGGCCACCCCAACUGCUGUCAUGGUUGCAACAGGGGUUGGAGCUAACAAUGGUGUGCUUAUAAAAGGAGGAGAUGCAUUAGAGAAGGCACAGAAGGUCAAGUAUGUCAUAUUUGAUAAGACUGGAACAUUAACCCAGGGAAAAGCCACAGUUACUACAGCAAAAGUUUUUUCAGGCAUGGAGCGCGGUGAAUUUCUUACAUUAGUAGCUUCAGCAGAGGCUAGCAGUGAGCACCCACUGGCCAAAGCAAUACUUGAAUAUGCGCGCCAUUUCCAUUACUUUGAUGAUCCUUCCACUACAAAGGAUGCCCAUAUCAAUGGGCAGGAAUCUAAGUCCUUUGGAUGGCUACUUGAUGUAUCGGAUUUUUCUGCAUUGCCUGGGCAAGGUGUGCAGUGCUUUAUAGACGGGAAAAAGAUUUUGGUUGGUAACCGGAAGCUGAUGUCUGAAAAUAGGGUUGCUAUCCCAGACGAAGUGGAAAAUUUUGUUGUACAGUUGGAAGAAAGUGCCAAAACUGGAAUUCUAGUGUCCCAUGAUAAUGAUUUAAUUGGUGUUCUGGGUGUAUCAGAUCCACUAAAGAGGGAAGCUGGUGUUGUUAUAGAGGGCCUCAUAAAAAUGGGUGUCAAUCCUGUUAUGGUUACUGGUGAUAAUUGGAGAACAGCCAAUGCUGUUGCAAAGGAGGUUGGCAUUACAGAUGUACGGGCAGAAGUGAUGCCUGCAGGGAAAGCUGAUGUUAUUCGGUCAUUCCAGAAAGAUGGAAGUGUAGUUGCAAUGGUGGGGGAUGGUAUUAAUGAUUCUCCUGCCUUGGCUGCAGCAGAUGUAGGCAUGGCAAUUGGGGCGGGAACAGACAUUGCAAUAGAAGCUGCUGACUAUGUGCUGAUGAGAAGCAACUUAGAAGAUGUGAUCACUGCUAUCGAUCUCUCUAGAAAGACGUUCUCUCGUAUUCGAUGGAAUUAUGUGUUUGCCAGUGCUUAUAAUAUUGUUUCUAUCCCGAUUGCUGCUGGAGUUCUGUUCCCACAGCUGAAAGUGAAAUUGCCACCCUGGGUAGCUGGUGCAUGCAUGGCUAUGUCAUCUGUAACAGUUGUUUGCUCUUCUCUGCUUCUGAGGAGAUAUAGGAAACCAAGGCUUACCACUCUACUGGAAAUCACUGUUGAUAGAAGUUAGAAUGAAAUAGGUGGGAAAAAGAAAUAAGAGGUGGGGAUGUACUGCUAGAAGUUAGCUUCUUAGAGAGCUACGAACUGGAGGAAUUCAUGACAGUGUCUAUAUCAGGGAUGCUUGGUCCCAGUUUGGCGCAACCAUUUUUUGUUUGUUUGUUUGGAAAGUUUACCACUCCUCCACUGUAUGGUCUUAAGCUUGUAUGACUGAACACGGCCACGGGGGUUUUGUGUUCCCUGACGUGUUUAAGUGUAAAUAUCACUUGGUGUUGUACAGCGUAUAGGUUUGUCCUUUUUAUGAGCUUAGGUAGCUGCCUCGCUCUCUUCAUUUUAUUUAACAGUUUCAGAUGAAGAUGUCAAGUAAAAUGAGUGAGUGUCUAGUUGGGCAUUGGGCUCAAUUUUUUCAUUAAUUUGUUGUUAUUAUCUGGUGUAACUUUUGGAUUGGUUGUUGUAAUUGUUAGAUAUGGGAAGUUUCCCCACAUCACACCACACUGCU